AUGUCCUUCAUCCGCAAACGGACUUUGUUCACGGGUGCCCUCUCUCUUGGUGUCACAGGUAGCAUCGCGAUAAUCUUUGGCAAGCGUUAUCUUGACCAGUCCUGUCCACGAGUUCCUAUCACCAAACUUCCGAAAUCAAGCGCCUGCCGGAAUCUCAUAGAUGGCACAACCGUCACGGCUGCAUACACUCCUCAUGGGCUUCAAAAUGGAGGUUUACUUUCGUCAUGGUCAGGUCGUAAACAACAUGACCGCUGGAUCCAUUCCUUCUCCGCUCUCCAAAUCGAACUUCCAACCUCGCUGCUUGCAGGAUACAGAGGCGACGCCAGCAAAGAUGAUGCAGAGACCUUGAUGCGAAAUUUUCUCCAUGCGUUUUUGAUCGCAAGAUCCAACGGACCAGAUGGAUGGUUAUUGGACAAGGAGGUACCUCCGUUAUCUUUCGAGCCCGGGAGCCACCUGUAUGGGAACCACGACUCGUUUAUUGCUUUCUUACUGGGAACAUGGAACUCUACUCGAGGGAAUACGAGAGGGUUGCAACCCACAUGUCUGCCUGCAGCUGCUUUCGAACCUUCCGCGAGAUUCCCAUCAAAUGCUGCGCUUGUUCAAGAAAGUCCUACGGAUUCAGCUGGUGCUGUCAUGUACUGGCACAAUCCUGUGAGCUUGGUAAAAAGAGUGGACAAAGCAGCGGACUAUGGAUUGCCGUGGCGGUUUAUGCUGGGAGGAUUUCAGGAGUGGAUUGUUGAGAAGGUGUCGGAUGACAAGGUGAGAGUGACUUAUGUAAUGCUCGAAUGCUCUGAGACGAGACCGGAGUUUAAACAUAUGCCAGCCCCAGGUUACGAAGCUCAUGUAUUAUAUGGACAAUAUCUGCUUGAUGGAGCAGUUCGAGAGAUGAACAGAGUAUCAUUGAAGCAAAAAAGAAAUGAAGCAAGCCCUUAG